AAAACAUUAUCCGCCAAUUCCUUGCAAAAAAAAAAACAUUAUCUGCCAAUUCAAAGUCCUUUCUUCUUUCUCAAUUCAAACUCCUUUUUUUGUCUUUCUCAAUUGAAGCUGCAGCUAUGGCUGCUCAACAAGUCAUCAGAGUCGCCGGCCUCUGCGGCUCUCUGCGGAAAGCUUCCUAUAAUCGUGGUCUCCUCCGCGCAGUUGUUAAUUACUGGUCCUAGCAAUGGAGAUAAGCAAGGAAGGGAUGGAGGAGAUCGAAAUAGAGUAUGUGGAUAUCUCGGCGUUACCGUUUCUAAACACCGAUCUCGUGGUCAAUGGAACCUUCCCUCCGGCAGUGGAGGAGUUCCGCCGGAAGAUUCUUCAAGCUGAUAGCAUCCUUUUUGCUUCCCCUGAGUACAACUACUCCGUCAAUGGACCAUUAAAAAAUGCUAUUGAUUGGGCAUCUCGACCCCCAAACGUUUGGGGAGACAAAGCAGCUGCGAUCAUUAGUGCCGGAGGAGACAUGGGAGGUGGACGGGGACAGUACCAUCUCCGGCAGAUCGGGGUUUACCUUGACCUUCAUUUCAUUAACAAGCCUGAAUUUUAUGUUGCUGCUUUUCAGCCCCCUUCCAAGUUUGACAGUGAUGGGAAUCUGAUAGAUGCUAAAACCAGGGAGAAAUUGAAAGCUGUUCUUCUGUCUUUGCAAGCAUUCACACUGAGGCUGCAAGGUAAGACCAGCAAAUGAUAUUGGCUGUGGUUUCUAUAUACUUUUCUGGAUACAAACUGGUUUCAUCACUUUCAUGUACUUGUGGAGAGUAAAAGUAAUGCCAGUCAUUUGUUCAAUACCAUAGAGAUUUGAAGAAUUGUUAGUUUGUAUGGAAUAUUGCAAAUACCAUCACCUCAUUUACCCCAACCUGUUGGGCCUUGUUAUGUGAAUCAUAGUGAUACUGUCUUAUGCCCUUGAUGUAAAAGCUUUCGUACAAUUGAUAUCAAAAGUGGUUAUCACAAUUCUUGAUGGCAUUAUGUUACUUUCACAGGGAAAAUGUUAGGUCAUUUUCAUAUGGAC